AUGGACUCGGUGAACAAAAUUCAGGCACUCGAGGAAGAAUUGAGAAUUACACUAACGAAGCUUCGCGAAUUGGAAAAGGAAGUUGCCAGUGUAAUGCUGGAACAUGCAAGGAAAGAAUCCCGUAUUCAAAAUUUGCGAGAUCAGCUUAAAUCAGCUCAAAAGGAGGUUUCGGUAUGGAAAACCAAAGUCGAGAGAGAGAAAAGAGAGGCUUCUAAGCUGCAAGACCGGAUUGCUAGGUAUAAAUCCAAUCUUGCUGACCGUGAUCAAGAAAUCAGAGGAUUGAAGGAAGCAGUAUCGAACGCUAAUAAGAGCUUAUCUGAAGAAAACGAGCAACUUCAAGCAGAAAUAACUAGAACUGUGAAGGAGUGA